CAACAUGAAAGUACAUUCGGUACAUUGCUUCCAUUUUAAGUACAUUUUAAGUUUGGCCAAAUUAUUUGUCAAGGAAAUUUGUAUGCCGAUUUUCUUUUGCCAAGUGGAUUUUGGUUAAACAUAUUAAAACAUAGAACUUUUUGAUAGUGUGCCAUUGGGAAUGAAACAUUUAAUAGCAUGUCAUUGUGAACGAGAUAUGUGAAACGAAGAAGUAACUAGCUUUUAUGUGCGCGCAAUUUGAAUGAAUAAUUAAUGAAAGCCGACAAAUUAGAGAAACUGCAAUGGAUAAGUAAGUUUCAAACCGUUUUUUUAAUACAAACUAUUUCAUUUUUGAAACGUGAAAAUGCAGCUGCAGGCAAUGAUGAGAAGUAAGUGUGACAAAGUUCAACUAGCGCAAAAAAAUUUACCGAUAGCAUUUUUCUCAUAUUUAAGCAAUAACGAAGAAAGCAACGUAGUUUCCGUGGCGAAAAAGAAAAAGUAUGAGAUCAAAUUUAAGAGGGAGUGGGCAUCCAAGUACAAUUGGCUCCAAGAAGACUCUACCGCAAAGCAAGACCUCCAUAAAAAAAAUGCUAAUAUUGCUAAAGCAACCUUAAAAAUUUCGAGUUUUACUAAGCCGAAUAGCGAGGAAAUGGAAUUAAGUCGCUCAGCAAAGGCAAUGGAGAUUCGUUUGUGUAUGUUCGUUGCUGAGCACAAUUUGCCAUUUACUGCUUUGGACCAUUUGGCAAAAUGUAUUAAAACGGUAAAAGACUCACGCAUAAUUUCAAACCUGAGCAUAAAUAGACAUAAGGACAAAUUUCUGAAAUAA